ACAAUUCUAUUCUCUCCAUAUGGUUUUAGUUUCCUUUUAAACACUCAAAUGUGAUACCAAAUAAUGUAUCGCCUGACUAUUUCGAAAAAUGUUUGCGCGCUUUUUUACUCAAUACAAUUUUUAAAGAUUGCUUAAGUCAGAGUAUCUAUGAAAUGUUGAUUUUGCUUAGUUAACCUUUAUAUAAACAAUGCUCCAUUGUUACAAAUGAAAUAUAAGUUACUAGUGAUAAGAGUAAAUUAUCUGAGAUUUUUAUUUAUCUAGAAUAAUUUUGCAAACAUUAUUGACAAUUCACGUAAUUUGAGUGAAUAUUUUACACGUAAAGUAUACUUUUUUUGAAUAAUUGGAGGAAAAUACUGAUUCUUGCAAUAUAUCAAUGAGAUAAGCUUGUUAUUUGUAGUAAGCAAGUUAACAAUUUCAUUUUGUUGAUAGGUAAUUUUAAUUAUUUAAUAUGAACCGAAAUAUAUCAAAUUUCUAUGAUCUUUUAAAGCAAUGUGCAAAUGUAAAUGCAUAUUUAAUAAAAAUAAAUGUCAGACAGAAAGCUCAAUCUGUCAGGGAUGAGCAUCCAAUUAAUAAGGAACUCAAAGAAAUUAUUGAUUUUAAAGCUACAAAUAACAGUAGUUGGAUUGCAGAGUCAAAGGUGAAUUCAUUAUGCUUGAAGUACAACAAAUUAAAUAAAGAUGAAAGAGCAAAAUUUCUUACUUCGUUGGCUACUCAAUAUGCUGUUGAUCACGAUAGAAUAUGUCAGCUUGCCAAAAGACUUGCUUGCAACGAGCCAAAUAAUCCAAACCAAUUGAUUGCUAGAGAACGAGCAUUGAAAGAUACUCUAACACCUCCAUACCAUUGGCUAUUUACUCGAGUUGGCAGGUUGGAGCAUGGAGUCAAGUUUUUGGUAGAUUUAAGAGCUAAUGUGCUUGAUAUUAUAAGUCAAUCUUCAAAAGAUUCUGAUAAAUCUUUGUCACUUGGUCAGAUGGAUGUUACUUUGAAAGAAUUAUUAUUUUUCUGGUUUUCAGUUGGAUUUUUAAAAUUGGAAAGAGUUACUUGGCAAACUCCAUGUGAUAUUUUGCAAAAAGUUUCUGAUUAUGAAGCCAUUCAUCCUAUUAAGAAUUGGGCUGAUUUGAAAAAACGUGUUGGUCCUUACAGAAGAUGUUUUAUAUUUACUCAUCCAUCUAUGCCUAGAGAACCUUUGGUAGUAUUGCAUACAGCUUUGUGUGAUAUUAUACCUGAUACUGUGAAAGGGAUUCAAGAGGCUGAACACAGAAUUCUUGGACAAAAGCAAACUUCUAAUCAUGAAAGUAUGGAAGAGGAUAAAAAUAAAAUCAAAACUGCAAUAUUUUAUUCCAUAUCUUCCACUCAAGUUGGCCUGCAGGGCAUUGAAUUGGGGAAUUAUUUGAUAAAAGAAGUAGCAAAACAAAUAACUUCAGAAUUCCCUAUGAUUGAUCAACUCUCAAGUUUAUCGCCUAUACCUAAUUUCCGUUUAUGGCUUUUGGAUAGAAUGAAAAGAGAUAUAAAUACAGUUUUCACUAAGGCUGAGCAAGAUGCUAUAAGAAAAGACUUGGAUUAUGAUAAUGCAACAAUUGCAACCAGGGACUUGUAUUUAGAUUUGAAAAAAAUUUUUAAUAAUUCUUUAUGGUCAAAUGACAAAAGAUUAACAUCUACUUUAAGAGAACCAUUACUUCGAGCAUGUGCAUGGUAUUUAUACAGAGAAAAACGACGAAAUUAUGCCUUGAAUAAUGUUGCAAAUUUUCAUUUGAGAAAUGGAGCCGUUAUGUGGAGAAUAAACUGGCUAGCUGAUCCUUCACCUAGAGGUAUGGCAAAUAGUUGUGGAAUCAUGGUUAAUUACAGAUAUUUUCUUGAUGAGACUGAAUCUAACAGUAGAAACUAUAUAGAAAAAUACCAGAUCAAAGCAUCAAACACUGUGAUUCACUUAGCUAAAGAGGCUGAGAAAUACUUUACAACUGCUCUUGUAAGUGUAAAAUGAAAAGCAAAGGUGAAAUUGUAAAUAUUAUUAUUUAAUCAAAAUGAUAUAUAAUGAUAUUUUUUACAAAACAUGUUAUAUUUUUUAAGAAAUAUAAUUAAAUUAUCAUU